AGAAAUUUUCCGUUGAAAAACUGUCCUCCUCCAACUGACAUCCUUUCAUUUACCAAUUUAAAAAAAAAGAAGACAUCCUUUCAUUUUGCAGAAAGAAGAGAAUCCGAAUCGGAGCUUCCGAAACCAUGGCGAGAGCCAAACACCCGGUUUCUCGAACUCGCAGCCGGUCGCAACCCUCCACUUCUGCUGCCGCCGAGUCAACUCCUCCGCGUGGUCGGAGGACUACACCUGCAAGUCCGAGAGGAACAGAAACUCAGAGAAAGAAGCACAGGCACAGGCCCGGAACUGUGGCUUUGAGGGAAAUCAGGCAUUUGCAGAAGACUUGGAAGCUCCUCAUUCCCGCUGCCCCUUUCAUUAGACUUGUGAGAGAGAUCAGUUCCGAGUUCUCUAGUGAGGUGAGUCGUUGGCAAGCUGAGGCUCUGACAGCACUUCAGGAGGCUGCAGAGGAUUAUUUAAUUCGGCUGUUCGAGGAUUCAAUGCUUUGUGCAAUUCAUGCGAAGCGUGUGACACUUAUGAAAAAGGAUUGGGAGCUGGCACGGCGUCUUGGAGGAAAGGGACAACCUUGGUGAUCAUUCCAUUAGGGUGUCUUAGAUGAGAAUCUUUGUUAACUUAUCACGACUGUUGUGUAGAGCUACACUUUGUGUCCAUCAUUUAGUAACUACUAACUACUGAACGCUUCUGUAGGGUAGUUCUAACAUCUUGUAGGUAAACCUGUUGGAAUCAUGAAGAUGUCUAGGCCAAUUUAACACUCAUGGCCGAAUAUGCUUAUUCUGGUGGAAGAGUAGGCACAGUUGUUCCUUAUUUUUGUAAAAAAUUUGAGCUGCUGUUCAUGUUUGAUCUGCAGACAACUUAUGCAUCACAGGUCGAUUUGCAGAAAGUUUGAGAAAUGGUGGACCACUCCAG